AACAACAACAAACAAAAUAUAUAAGAAUCAUGGAUUUAUCAUAUAUAUUCGUCAUCUGCCUUAUGGCCCUAACAUUCGCUUAUGAAACGGAAUGCAAACAAAAAUCCGGCCGGGGGAGAGGCUCCAUGUGGUGGGGCAUUGCCAAGGUUGGCGAACCCAACAACAUUUCUCCGAUCAGCACUGGCAUUAUGUAUAUGGAUCCGGCCAUACACUCAACCUUAAGAAGGAAACAGCGUCGUCUGGUACGCGAUAAUCCCGGUGUAUUGGGUGCUUUGGUUAAGGGUGCCAAUUUGGCUAUAAGCGAAUGCCAACAUCAAUUCAGAAAUCGCCGUUGGAAUUGCUCGACGCGAAAUUUUCUGCGUGGCAAAAAUCUAUUUGGCAAAAUUGUUGAUCGAGGAUGCCGAGAGACUGGAUUCAUCUAUGCCAUAACCAGUGCGGCUGUCACCCAUUCCAUUGCAAGGGCCUGCAGUGAGGGGUCCAUUGAAUCCUGCACCUGUGACUAUAGCCAUCAGAGCCGCUCACCACAGGCCAAUCAUCAAGCUGGCAGUGUGGCCGGUGUACGAGAUUGGGAAUGGGGCGGCUGUUCGGAUAAUAUUGGCUUUGGUUUCAAAUUCUCACGGGAAUUCGUCGAUACUGGCGAACGUGGACGCAAUUUGAGAGAAAAAAUGAAUUUGCACAAUAAUGAAGCUGGCAGAGCGCACGUUCAGGCAGAGAUGCGUCAGGAGUGCAAAUGCCAUGGCAUGUCCGGCUCAUGUACGGUGAAAACUUGCUGGAUGCGAUUGGCCAAUUUCCGUGUGAUCGGUGACAAUCUCAAGGCCCGUUUCGAUGGUGCCACCCGUGUUCAAGUCAGCAACAGUCUGCGUCAGAGCUCCAAUGCGGUUCCCGUUGUCGUGGUCAGUCCCAAUGCGGCUGGCUCCAGUCAGGGUGUAGCCAAUGGACUGCUGCCUCAAUCGGCAUUCGAGGAUGAGGAACGCAUGCUAAACGAUGAUCAUAUGCCCGAAUUGCUGAUGGAUAACAAUGGCAUGGCCGUUAUUGGUGGCCAUCAGAUGCUCAGCAAGCAGCAUCAUCCCAAUAUGCCAUCACCAAACAGUUUGCCAGUGGCUGGUUCAAGGGCAAGAAAUGGCAAUGGACGACGAAUGGGACGCAAACAUAAUAGAUAUCAAUUCCAAUUGAAUCCACACAAUCCCGAGCAUAAGCCACCAGGUCCCAAGGACAUUGUUUAUUUGGAGCCAUCGCCCAGUUUCUGUGAGAAAAACUUGCGACAGGGCAUUCUCGGCACACAUGGUCGGCAAUGCAAUGAGACAUCCUUGGGUGUCGAUGGCUGUGAUCUGAUGUGCUGUGGGCGUGGCUAUCGGAGAGACGAGGUCAUUGUGGUGGAGCGAUGUGCCUGCACUUUCCAUUGGUGUUGUGAGGUCAAGUGCAAGUUGUGUCGAACCAAGAAGGUUAUCUAUACAUGUCUAUAAGGACAUACCAAUCCCCCGCCACCACCCCCCCCAUCUCUUUAAAUUUUAACCUUCUUCUUAUAUACCCAACUAUAUCUUACUUACUGUAUGUGUGUUAUGUAUUUUGUCUACGCUUAGCCUUUGUUAUUUAGCAACUUAAGAGCCUAGACUAUAGCCUAGUUAAAGUUUAAAAGCAUUUACUAAACUAAACUAAACUAGCCCCGCCCAAUCCCCAACCCCGCCCCCUCUUACUCAGUCCAUUUUGUUUAGCAGUAUUAAAUGAAAGAAGAAAGUAACAAACAAAAAGAGAAUAUUAAGCUUAAUUAUAUAAUUUGCCCAGUUUUUAGUUUUAUAAGAAUUUUGUAAAUUCAACUUAAACCUCCGCUGCUCCGCCCAAUCCUUUAACAAGUCCAUUAUAAAAAAUUUAGUUUAAGUA